AUGUCUGGAUCCGAGUUUGACGAGGUCUAUGUGGGCGUCGGUGCCAAGCGAGUCCGCGACCUCUUCACUCAAGCCCGUAGCAAAUCUCCGGCGAUUAUCUUCAUUGAUGAGCUGGAUGCGAUAGGUGCAAAGAGGAACGAACGGGAUGCCGCUUAUGUCAAACAGACGUUGAACCAAUUGCUUACGGAGCUUGACGGCUUUUCUCAGACCAGCGGUGUUAUCAUUAUCGGUGCUACCAACUACCCGCAGCUUCUUGACAAGGCACUCACCCGACCUGGUCGGUUCGAUCGCAAGGUGAACGUUGGUCUGCCUGACGUCCGUGGUCGUAUGGAUAUCCUGCGUCACCACAUGAAGGAGGUCCAAAUCGGCACGGAUGUGGAUGUCGCGGUGAUUGCCCGAGGCACCCCUGGAUUCUCUGGAGCUGACUUGGAGAACCUGGUCAAUCAGGCAGCGAUCCAUGCCAGCCGUGAUCGCAAGUCCAAUGUUGGAGCCCUGGAUUUCGAUUGGGCGAAAGAUAAGAUUAUGAUGGGAGCCGAAGCUCGAAGCCGUAUCAUUCAGGACAAGGACAAGCUUAACACUGCUUAUCACGAAGCUGGCCAUGCUCUUGUUGCUUACUUUUCCAAGUCUGCUGUCCCUCUUUACAAGAUUACAAUUGUUCCCCGCGGUAUGGCGUUGGGUGUCACCCACUUUCUGCCCGAGAUGGAUACAGUGUCUCGGAACUACUCAGAGUACCUAGCUGACAUUGCUGUCUCAAUGGGGGGCCAAGCAGCCGAAGAACUUAUCUUUGGCCCUGAGAAUGUGACGACCGGGAUUUCUGCAGACAUUCAGGCAGCCACUGAAACUGCUUUCAACCUGGUCACUCGCUUCGGUUACUCCAAGAAACUGGGUAACGUCGACCUGUCAUCCAACUACGACAGCCUCUCAUCCGAGACGAAGCAAGAGAUCGAGAGUGAAGUUCGACGACUUGUUGAAGAGGCUCGCGCACGUGCUGCCAAGAUCCUCAACGAAAAGCGCAAUGAAUUGGAGAUUUUAACCAAGGCCCUGAUUGAAUAUGAGACGCUCACCAAGGAAGAAAUGGAAAAGGUGCUGAAGGGAGAAAAGCUUGAUAAGCUCGGCCCAAAUCCCACUGCGCCUAUCAAGAUUCCCGAUGCCCUCAAGGCUGCUGGGAUAGUCCCAUCCACAAAGUCGGAUGAUGCACCCACGGCAACAAAGUAA